UCGAGUGUGAAAAAAUAGUAUGUAAUUUAAGUGUCUAAUAUAAAAAUUAUCAGCAGAAAUAAAAAGCAAGUUCAGCUACAACGCAGUUCGCCUAUCAGAAAGAACAUUAAAAUGUCCGACACAUACGUGCUUGUCUCACUGCAAGCGUUGUAUUAUCUUAGCGGGAAAUCGUCGCCACAUUCCAUUUUUUUACAUUUACAUCAGUUGCGUAUAAGGCGCCUAACAGUUUCAAUCCGUCAACUAUAACUUCAAUGGUCCCUUGCAAGUCGGCUAUGAGCUUGAAACAAAAUUUGAUAAACUCCAUUCGCCGUUAUUCUGGUCUGUACGAUCCGGCAGACAAAAAUUACCGGGAUCGUAAUUACUCUUCUAUUGCUUGGACAGAAAUCGCUAAAGAAUGUCAAUUGCCGUCCGUGGCAAGAGCCAAAUCAAUAUGGGCAAGUCUUCGUAAAAUUUAUAAGUACAGCUUGUCUAAUCCUAAUUACAAAAAGCCAGAGUACUACAGCUCAUUGAAAUACUUGUUUCAAUCUAUAAAAAAUAGCAAUUACGAGGACAGUGACGAUGAAGUGCAAUUUAUACUAAAAAAAGAGCGCUCUGAUGACGACGAAGAAACUGUGACAGAUACUUUGGAAAGAACAUCUUUGGGUACAAGUGUGAGGAACCGACGAAGACAUUACCUUGACAAUCGUCCCUCGACAUCUGGUCGGCACUCUGUAAGGCGCGAUCACGAGAAUCCUAGCUCUUCGCAUCAAAAUAAUCCUCAGCGAAUUAAUCAGCCGGACGAAAUGAAAUUAUUUAUGGACUCGAUGUAUCUUAUGGCGAAAAAAUUACCUCCAGCAUUGCAGAGACACGUGAGGAAUCAAAUUUUUGAAAUUAUUAAAACUGCUGAAUCGAGUGCUGUAAUUGAAGAAAUUGAGUGAUCUUGUUAAAUACUGAAAAUAUCUUUAUAUAACAACAAUAUUAUAAUAAU